AUGGAGUCUCUAUUAACAUUGAUAAAUGAAGUCGUGGACAGACCACCUUCCUUGACUACCUCUAACACUCAUCCUCCUCAACCACCACCACCUAUACUUUCUCACAAUAACCCGUUUGAUAUAAAUAAAGACGGCCAUGAUUCUUCUGACAACAAAGGAAAAGUACAACUCUCAAAUUCCCUUCCAACACCAAUUUUUAAAAGUUCCAUUUCUGCUGCUCUCAAUUUAUCGGUGAUUCCUGAACAAACUGAACUUAUGACUACAGUUGCAGAAUCAAAACUGGAAAGUCGACUAUUAACCACUACUAAUUCUACCUCAAAAACAUUAUUGAGCGAAGGAAGCUCCUCUUCCUCUGAUGAAAAUUCUGUAUCGUCAUUAAAUAGCUUAGAAUCUAAUAACAAUAAGGAAUUAGCAAUAUCAGAGCAGGAAGGAAAGAGGGUAAUCGAGGAGGUGAAAGAAGAAGACAGUUCUGUGAUAAAAAAACAAGCUUGUGAAAUUUCAGAUAUACUUCCCCAAUCAUCAUCACCCUCAUUUGCUAUACAUUCAGAUAAAUCAAUCUUGGGUGAAUAUUACCCCAACAUUAAAGAACCACCUUCUUCCGUAUCAGUCUCACCAGCACCAACACCUUUAUUAAUGGCGGGUGAUCGAUAUCCCCCAAUGACACCCUUGCGAAGCAUUAAAGAUUUUACUCGAGCUGGCGUAUUAACCUCCAGGGAAGUUCGAUAUCCUAGUCCCGGUACCUUUUUUGCAGGAAAGAGUGGCCCAUUGGGAGAUAUAAGUGGGAGAUUAUCACCAAGUAAAAGGCCAAGAUUCUUUUCACCAAAUUCAAAUAGAAACGAACGUUGGCCAACACCAACGAUUGACACUACACGACCUGAACGUUCAGGGCGAAAAACAAUGGAAGGCUGGCCUACCUCACCACGCCGUAUGCAAUUGGCAAGCCCACGCUUCAAAUCUUUAACCGAUCUUGUGGAAGAAACGUCAGAGAAUCCUGAACAGAUAGAAAUAGGAGGAAAAAGACCGGAAUCUUUGAAAUUACCUGUUCAAGUUUCUCAGAAAAAUAUAAGUUCACUUUCACUUCUUGAAGAAAAUGAUGCAAUCAUAAAAGGAUCAGAUGAGAAGAAAAUUAAUUACGAAGAAAUUCAAAAAGAAAAAAUUCCAGCAGAUCCUGAGGAUGAUAAAGAAAAAGAAAAAGAAAAUACACCUGGAAAAUUCUCAUCAAGAUCCGUUCCACUUAGUGAAAUUGUUCAAUCAAAUGAUAGUGAAAUACCCAGUAAACGUUUUCAAUCACGUUCACGAUCGUUUGCACCAAAACCACCACCAAUUUUUAGUUUAAGACGUUCUUCUGCCUCCUUUAAAAGUUUGUAUAAUAUGCCUCCUUUGGUUGAGAAUAGUGAGUUAGAAGAAGAUAUCGGGGAAGAGGAGGAGGAAGCGCUUGAUUCAACUCCAACACCUUCGCCCAUAAUAAAAUCCUCAGAUUUAACAUCGAGCUCGGACAUUGGUCGUAGUAUAAUACAAACAUCAGACAUUAAUUUAUCUCCUCGAGACUCUCAAACCAAAAAACCUGGCGAUAAUAAUUUUCUCCGAUCAAUACAAACGAGGAGAACAGAAAGAAAUGUAUUGACUUUGAAAACACGGACAAAUUUAUUGAUAAUAUCAGAAACCGAAGAUGAAGAUGAUGAUGAAUCGAAAUCUCCUGACAUUGCACAGACAUUUAAUGAUCGAAAUAUUUCACCUCCAAAAUCAGCACCAUUACUUACUUCAUCAACAUUUGAUAUUUCACCAACUUCUUCCAAAACUAGUUGGAGAUGGCCUAAAAGGCAAUUUAGUCCAGCUCGAGAAAAAUGUAAAGAACCCAAUGAUUCUAAUGAUGACCCUUCAAUGCAUAUCGGGAAGGUGGGAAAUCUAUGGGCUAAAAAGACGCUAGGACAAUUAAGAGCAUAUCAUAAGCGUCAUAGUCCGAGUAUUUGGAGUAAAGGGUUCGGUUCUUCUAAUAGUUCAAGUCCGUUAAAAGAAACAUUUUCUUCUGUACAAAUAUCCCCUGUUACCCCUGUUGCCCCUGUUAGUGAUGUUGAAGCAAUUAAAUCUCCAAUGACUCCUAAUUUACCUGUUGCUGAUCAAUUAGAGACCAUCGAUGAAGAGGACGAUGAAGAAAUUGGAGUAUGGUCAAGCGAAGAAGUUGAUCUCACAGAUUCUGGUAAAGAAGACAAAAAACCGAAUCCACCAUCCCCAUCGUCAUCGAUACCAAUCAAUCCAUCAUCAAUCAUUGAAGAAAUAACAGAACCACCACAAGGAAUGAAAGUUUCUCCUGAACACUUGACAGUGGUAGGCGGAACAGCUGUGUACAGGGAAAAUUCACCAAGUUCUUCGAACACUUCUUUACAAUUACGAACCAAUCCUAAUAAUUCAUCACUUGGCAAACAUAAUGCUAAACCAUUAUUUGAGACUACAUUCACUAUUUCUAAUAUCACAGACAGGCCAUUGCGCUACGAAAUACUUUGGCCAGCAUUCCGAUUUGAUGUGUCACCAGCAUACGGAAUAGUUCAAGCAAAGGGCGUAACCGUAGUAAAAAUAUCAGUAUUGAUGAAACAUCUGAACGUCGGGUCAAAACGCGAUGAAAUUAAAGAUUCAAAGAAAUUAAUGGGAAUGCUCAAAGGAUCUACGAGAAUAGAUAAAGAGAAACCAUUAAUGGGACACACCCGAAUACUCGUACUGUGUGAAAAUGGAGAAAGAAGAGAAGUAUUAGUUGAUAUUGUUCAAGUAAAGAAAAAAUCAAAAGAACUUGAACCUGUUAAAAACAUAAAAAAUGUUAAAGAUGGAGGAAAUACCAGUACUAAUAGAACUUUCAUAAGUGGAGUUUCACGGACUGUAGGUGAUUUAUUAAUGGGAAAAAAAUUAAGAAAAGAGAAAUCAAACGUUAAAGGAAAAAAUCCAGUUAUUGUUGACAAUAACAAUAAUCAUAAUAUUACAUCUGGUAGUAAAUUAUCACGGAGGAGUAGAUCAACUAGUCGAAAUACUAGUCCAGAUGGUAAAAAAGUACAUAGCAAUCGUAAUAAACCAUCUAAUCGUAUAAGUCGGCCGAGUACACCUGAUUAUAAAUUAGUUGAUCGACGCGUUAGCACUUCCCCGCAACCAAUAAUAUCACGUUCACGUACACCCGAAGAAUUUAGACAAUUACCGCAACGAAAAAAUCUUAUUUAUCUUGGAGUUCCUGGAAAUAUUAGUUGUCCCGAUACUAAUAUCCGUGAAACUGCUAACGGUGUAUUUCGUAUUCAUAAUCCUACAAAUAAACAUAUAUCAUGGCAUUUAACAACUGCGACAAAUCCUUUCCUAAAACGAUCGGAAUCAUCUUCACAACAAAAAAUUACCGAUGAAGUAUUUCUAAUAAUGAAAACACACGGAUUCUUAAGACCUGGGCAAUCAGAACGUGUAGAUGUCAGUUUUCGUCCUUUAUUCGUCGGUACAUAUGUACAAAAUUUCAUGCUUGAAGAAUCUAUGAAUUCAGAAGCGGCUGGUGGCUUAGGUGGUGUAUCUUUACGGAUGCAAGGGGAAGGGAAACCAGAUAAUUCAUCGAGUACAUUAAAUGAAAGACGAAGAGGAAUAAGGGGAGUGGAUUUUGUAGUAUCCGAAAAAGAAAUUCGAAUACCCACAACAAGAGUUGGAAGACGGAGAUCAAUUGGGAUCAAAAUUGAGAACCCUUCUCCUCAAUUAAUACGGAUUCGAUGUAAAUGUGAAGUAGUAUCGGGAGCGAUUGGAACGUCAGUUUUAUCGAUUCCUUUGUCUAGUGUGCAAAUUAAACCAAAAGCGUUUGUUCUAUUACCUGUACGCUUUCAACCAAAAGAAUCCGGUGAGACUAAAGGUGUCGUAAAACUUCAAGCUGUUGGAAAAACUGAGGUGAAAGUGGAUAUCAUAGCGGAUGAGUAUGAAUAA